AUGAUUCCCCAAACCGAGACUCUGAAGUUUGAUAUCCCAGCUCUAUGCAAAGCCGGCGUAGUCGUUGAUGAGGGGCCCAAUUUUCGGGUUGAGGUGCAGAUGGUACCUGUCCCUGAGCCUGGGCCCGAUGAUAUCUUAAUUCGGCUCAAUUUCACCGGCCUCUGCUCGUCCGAUAUCCAUAUGAUGAAAGGCGAUCUCGGUCUGCCACCGAUGUCCACAUUCGGCGUGCGAUCUCCGGGCCACGAAGGCGCCGGUAUCGUUGUCAAAGCUGGGGCGAAUGUUAAGAACUUCAAGCUGGGUGAUAGGGCAGGCAUCAAGCCGAUCACUGAUACUUGCGGAUCUUGCGCAAUGUGCUGGGAUCAUAAAGAAACAUAUUGCAAAACGGCUAUUCACACUGGUUUGAUGACAGCUGGCAAAUCUCUAGGUACAUAUCAACAUUACAUUAUUUCUCCCGCACGCUACGCAUCGCCUAUUCCAGACGGUGUCCCCGAUGAAGUCGCCGCACCGAUUAUGUGUAGCGCAAGCACGAUGUACCGUUCACUCGCUGAAUCCAAUCUUCACGCCGGAUCCUGGGUAGUCUUCCCAGGCGGAGGAGGUGGUGUGGGUAUCCAGGGCGUACAACUCGCUAAAGCCAUGGGAAUGCGACCUAUUGUCGUUGACACAGGUGACUCUAAGCGCAAGUUAUCCCUCAAAAUGGGAGCAGAGGCUUUUAUCGAUUUCAAAGAAACUAAGGAUUCCGUGAAAUCUGUGAUCGAAACCGCGGACGGAGUAGGAGUCCACGGUGUUUUCGUCACUGCACCUGCAGCAUACAAAAAUGCCGUCUCUUAUGUUGGUCAGCGGAUUGGGGCUGUUGUUAUGUGUAUUGGAAUACCUCCUGCUGGUUCAACCAUUCUAGGGGCCGAUCCCUGUGAGUUUGUCUUCAAGAACCUUAGCAUUAAGGGGUCUUUAGUGGGUACUCGGAGCGAUACUGCUGCUGCAUUGGAUUUCGCGAAGAGAGGUAUGCUGCAGCAAGUUUCCGAGGUUUAUCCUAUCAAUCGAUUGCCCGAAGGAGUUGAGAAGUUGCGAAAGGGGCAGGUGGCAGGGCGGAUUGUCGUUAAUUUCAACUGGGAGGAGUAA